CUGCGCAUUCACGAACACUCUCCGGUACAAUUCGAUUCCUCUUUCGACACCAUACAACUGACUGCAAAAACUCGCCUCUUAUCUGCUUUCCUGUCUCUCACUUUUGACCCCUUCCCGACCAACCCUCUCGUCUCCUCGUUCUUGCAAUUCUAUCAAUCUGCAAAGAGAAAAAGAAGCCCUAAUUUCCCUAUCUCCUUACCACGAUCUCACUCCUAGAUAUUAAAAAAAGAUGAAAAAACCCUAAUUUCUCACUGCCGGGAUCUCCUCCAACUCCUAGCUGAAAAAAAAACCUAAUUCAUUUUCAUCUGAGGGAGAAGAACCUUAUUUUCUUCCCAAUGUCGGUCGAAAGAUCGUUCGAGGCUUGGGAAGAGAUGCAGCGCCACGGCCACGAUUUCGCGGAUCGUCUUGCGCAGGGCUUCACUGGUCUGCUCCACUCUCAUAUGAACCCUCCUUCCUUCCCAUGGCCCAAUCAUCAGAAUCUCUUUGAUGCUGAUUUCUCGAGCCAUAUCUCUGGAAAACGGGAUUUUAAUCUGAUGGCUGAUAAUUCGGGAAUUAACGGGGUUUCUGCAAUCUUCGAUAUGGGGAACAGGUUAGGACAGGCUGGGGCGGAGUUUGGGGCUUGCUUGAACGGUGUCGUUCAGCAGUUUUUCAGGCGGCUGCCGUCACCGUUCCGGCAGGACGAGAACGAGGGAGCGGCAGUUAUGGUAGGUCUGGAGAGCAGGAAGGGAGAUGGCGUUUUUGAUCAGCGGAAAGAGGUUUUUGGAUUGGUGGGAGAGAGGGUUAGAGAUUACGGGUUCGUGGGAUCAACAGCUGUUUCGGACGAAUUUGUGGAAGAGGAAAGUAUUGCCUUGAAUCUGAAACCUUCGGGGCACUUUGGACGGCCGCAGGGGAGCAUUAAUAUUACAUCAACAUAUGAUAGUAGAACGAAUGACAUCGAGAGUUCAUUAGUUGCAAAGGGGGACUUGUGGCGAGCAGAGGCAUCGCAUGGAGGUUCCACUUCGGGAAACGAGAAUUCCCCUCUCUUCCUUAUUCAGCUCGGACCACUGCUGUUUGUUCGAGACACAACACUUCUUUUGCCAAUUCAUUUAUCAAAGCAACAUUUGCUUUGGUAUGGUUUUGAUCGGAAGAAUGGAAUGCAUUCUCUCUGUCCAGCUGUAUGGUCAAAGCACAGAAGAUGGCUGUUGAUGUCGAUGAUCUGUCUCAACCCAUUGGCUUGUUCAUUCAUGGACUUGCAGUUUCCAAAUGGGCAAUUUACAUAUGUAUCUGGAGAGGGUUUGACGACCAGUGCUUUCCUACCUGUUUUUGGUGGUCUGCUUCAAGCUCAAGGUCAAUAUCCAGGAGAAAUGAGAUUUAGCUUCUCAUGCAAGCGUUUACUUCUCUUGCAGAAUAAGCGGGGCACACGCAUUACACCAAUGGUGCAGUGGCCUGACAAAUCCUUUUCGCUGGGACUUGUGCAAGCGUUAUGUUGGCAAAGAUCAGGCCUCAUGGUGCGACCAACCAUCCAAUUCAGCAUAUGCCCCACGUUUGGUGGAAGCAAUCCUGGGCUGCGGACAGAACUCAUCCAUUCUGUGAAGGAGAAAUUAAAUCUAAUUUGUGGUUGUGCCUACACAGCUCAUCCUUCCGCAUUCGCAUCAAUAUCUCUUGGCAGGUCAAAGUGGAAUGGGAAUGUCGGAAGCUCAGGGUUUGUGAUUAGAGUUGAAACACCUCUCAGCAAUGUUGGCAGGACUUCUUUCUCUGUUCAGUUGAAUACUGGUGUUGAGUUUUGAUACACACACACACCUGUACAUAUGCAAGUGUAUAUACUCUCCCAUAUCUUCCAAAAAUAUAGAUAAAAUUUUCAAUAUAUAUCUAUGACAUAAUGCUAAUCCCCUCAUUUGUUGUUGGGGCCAUCUCUUGGAAAUCUUUGCUAAUUCUGCUCGGCUAUUCAGCAUGAAAAGGAUGUUUCAUCUGCUGCCUGUUUGCCACUGUUACUGUAAAGCUGUUGAUUAUAUUGGGUUUAAUGAAAACUGGUAUGGGCGUUUUAACUGGU